AUGCCCAUGACCUCCUUCAGGGUCCCCGUGACAAGCGAGAUGAGAUCUUCCUGUAUAUCGCUUCGUGUCGUGUCGGGAUGGGAGAAUAUGCUCUUCUCCUGGCCUGCACUGCACGCUCUUCUUCUUGCUUUGGUCUCCAUUUUCCUCUCCCAUCGCCAUCCGCAGGUGCAGGUGCAGGUGCGUGUCCGAGCAGGUGUCCAUCCUGCCAAUAUCUCGGCCAUUUACCCUCCCACACACAUACACACAACCCAAACUCCAAUCCCCUCAAACAAACCCAGCAGCGCAACUCGUAUUCCCGGUUCUCUCUACUCCUUCCCCUCCCCACCGCCCCCAGCUCCCCAAAACAACACGCGGACCGCCCAGCCACCGACCCACCACAAAAUGGAAGACUUCCAAAGCAAAUGCUUUGGCAAACCUCUCAACAAGGUAGACCUGGACCACAUCAAACAAACCAUCUCUCGGAUCUCGCCAAAUGCCAUCUCUACCUCCGGUAUCAGCCCUCGAGGUUUUCUCCUACUCAACAAGUUGUAUGCCGAGAAAGGUCGUCAUGAGACGGUCUGGGCUGUUUUACGCACAUUUCAGUACACAGAUAGCCUGUCCUUGGAAGGGGGGCAGAGAGGUUGCUGA